GGGGCAGAAGGUGCGCAGAGCUUCUUCCCGGGCGUCGUCAAAGGUGGACGUGGGAAUGGCAACGGGCGAAGGCGGGAGAGGGAGGAAAAGAGAGGAUGGAGAUGGGUAGAGACGGAGACGCUCGACAGGUUGAGAGGGAAUUUCACCGAGUUGAGGUAAGAGAUGCUCUCCAGCCAGCUUUUUUUUUUGGGGCUCGUCGGUACGUAUCAUCCCGUCGCGAGGUACAUCGCUGCACUGCCGGAGUCCGCUUGAGGACCAGGUACCUGGGAGAAAGAGACACCGAGCAAACCUCCGCUAGCGGCUCAGCGCCCGGUGCAGCUUUAUGCCUCUGCCCCCCGCCCUGGACCACUUACUCGUGGGCUCCCAGAUGCUCCCUGUGGGUGUCCUGUUGGUGCCCUGAAGUGCCUCAUCUUGGGGCCCGUUUGGGGGUGCCAGGCGCGAAAAGCCCGCUAAUCACGACCAGGGGACCACCCACACUGGCACGCGUCGAACACGCUGCACUUUGUACAGUAGUUACAGAGGUGACCCAUUCAACCAGUCUGUUGGGGGGAAUAUUGGGGGGCGUGACGGGACAUUUCCCCACCAACAACGGCCACCGGUGAACGGAUUUGGACCCGCGAGCAAUAUGCCAUAAAGAUAAAGAGACAGCAAUAGCCAGUCUUACAAGUGUCGUCUCUGAUCGAAUCGAAUCCUCAAGGCGCAUUGGCUUCGGUCGAGCGUCAAUGACCCUCCAGGCGUUGACGGAGAAAGAAGACUCCGACCCGACCGAGAGAGCUUCUCCUGGCUCCCCACCACGCUUAAUCACACACACUACACAUCCAUUAAGGGAAAAGGCGCUGACUAACUAAAAAUCCCGCCCGACUCAACACUCACGAUAGCAAAAAAUCGCUCCGUCUACAGCAUUGGAAGAGGCGGCGUGUUAUGGUUGUCCGAUUUUUAGCCUAUAAGUGCUUAGGCAUUAGAUA